GGGGAUCUGGAUGAAAGCAGAGAUCCUGUCAGUGUGUGCAGUGCUGCUCAUCUCAUCUCACAACUGUACUAACCACCGUCGAACUGCUCCUCAACCGUCUGACUUCGACUGACUCUCUCAAACAUAAAGGGUUAAAGAAAACAACUAAAAUCCCUCCUAUUUUUCUUUCCCUCCGGAGGAUAUGGAGAGCCACCUGCCAACUUCUAAGGAGUAAAAUCCCUCACACCCUGUCUCUCUUUCCUUCCUUCUGGAACUCUUCUGCUUUCUCUCUCUCUCUCUGAGUAUUUCACCCUGACUCCUUAUAUUUUACCCCUGGCAGAGAGAGAGUCCCAUGGAACCCCGGGUUCCGCUGCUGUCGUCAGUAACUUGGAGCGCUCUGGGAACUUUGCGAACUUCCCCGUCUGUGCCUCUGUCUGUUCCGGAGUAGGAGAGAGAGACGGAGGGAGAGACGGAGGGAGAGACGGAGAGAAGGACGGAGGGAGAGGGGGGUAGCAGUAGUUGAAGCAGCCCUGCAGACGAACACUCCUCUGGAGACCUCAGAACCUCAGGACCGGCUAGAACCAACCAGCAGGACAUCGAGCUGGUGAUACCUCCCCAGGGACAGGCCACCAUGAUGGGCCAGCGUCCUAACCGCCUCUCCGUCCUGGGGCUACUCUUACUGCUCCUGGACCUGGAUGUGAGUCACGGCUCCGCUGCUCCCGCUGAGGACGAGGAUUACUACAUGCAGGAGUUACUCACCAGGGACCACUACUACCACGCGGCACCUGAGGAGGAGAUGGUACCACCCGUUCCCCCCUUCGAAGGGGCCCGAGGGACCGACAGGAUGAAACGUCCCCCCAGUCAGAAGGAGACAACCAACAGGAACAAUCGUCCCUCCAUCCAGAAGGAGACAACCAACAGGAACAAGCGUCCCUCCAUCCAGAAGGAGGCUACCGGCAAGGCAGAAAACGUCAGACAAACAGACAAGACCAGGGUCACUGAAACAAAGUCAGUGAAGAAUGGAAACAAGAAGGAUGAGAAGAACAGAAAGGGAACGUUGAAAACUCCCAACAGCAUCAACGAGGCAGAGGGCCACUACAAGUCAGCAAGAGAGGGUGAUGAAUGUCCUCCAAUGGGACUAGAGACCCUGAAGAUUGAUGACUUUCAGCUCCAUGCCUCCACGAUGAGACGUUAUGGGCUGGGACCACACAGAGGACGACUCAACAUACAGGCUGGCCUGUAUGAUGAUGACCUCUACGAUGGAGCCUGGUGUGCUGGGAGGAACGACCCCCUGCAGUGGCUGGAGGUGGACGCCAGGAGGCUGACCAAGUUUACAGGGGUCAUCACACAGGGAAGGAGCUCUCUCUGGUCGUGAGUA